ACUAGCAACUGUUGGGAGUACUGAAGAUGGCUCACGGGACAGUGGAGACCUUUCAGACGCCCAAACUAGGAAGGUUCCUGGGCUGCUCCCUUGGGUAUCCAGGCCUGGGGGUCUGUGUUUGGGCCCCAGGGGUGGAUCUGUGAGCUAGACUGGCGCUCUGCCCUCCAGCCAUGUCUGUCCCGCCUGUGAUAAGAACCCCAAGGCAGCAGGUCUGCCUGGGACACCUGCCCCACUCCCAAUCUACAGUUCUAGGAGGGAUCCUCAAGGCCAGCUCUGGCCAGUGUGGUCACAGACCCAGCUCUGUUAAGAGCCAGAUAGGUGGCCAGCCUGGAACACAAAGCUCUUUGAGAGUGGGACACUACACUGUCCCCAAGGCCGCUCCCUCCUCCCCCUCCAAACAUUUUGUCCACCAUAUAAACAGUGUUCCUGCCUAGGCCCUCAGCACCACCAUGCUGCAUCUGCCUCUCACUCCGUGGGCCCUGCUGCUAUUGACUACGGGGGUUGUAUUGGGGGCUAAGAUCUCUGAAAACGAACCCACUACCAGCACUGGGGGCCUCAUCUUCCAUGAGGACUGGGUCUGGCCAGCAGGGAGCCCCCUAGGCCCCUUGUGUCUGGUAACCCUGAGCAAGGCCAGCAACAAGAGCAGAGACUCCCUGCAGGUGGUGGGGUCCCUGAGCACCUAUGAGCAUACCUUCUUAGAGGCUGUGCAGGUGGCCCACUGGGAACCCCCGGACCUGGCCACCUUUGGGUUCUGCAGCUCCAGUGACUCCCAAGCUACUCUGCCUGCUCUACAGCACCUGGGGUCCUGGCUCGGGGAACCUGGAGGGCAGCGAUUGCUGAUCCUGCACCUGGCUGAAGUGACUUGGGAGCCUGCGCUGUCACUGAGAUUCGAGAAGCCCCCACUUGGAGAAGCUAGCCCCACGGAGCAAGCACUGCUGGUGCUGUACCCUGGGCCUGGCCCCGAGGUCACUGUCACUGGGGCUGGGCUGCAGGGCAUUCAGAGCUUCUGCCCGACCCAAGGCACACGCUAUAUGGUAUUAGUUGUGAACCACCCGGCAGCGGCCUGGCAUGGCCCUGGGCUCACCCUGACCCUUCGAACCCGUGGAGACGAUGUCUCCCUGAGCACUGCCCAGCUGCAGACCCUGCUGUUUGGCCUGGACCUCCGCUGCUUCACGCGGAUGACCCCGGCCCUGCUCUUGAUGUCUGGACCCACUCUGCUGCCCGCGCGCCGCCGGCUCGACACCGUGCCCUUCCCGCAGCCCAGGCUUUUCUCCGAGUCGGAGGAGCUGCCGCUCCGCAGCGACCCCUUCCUGGAGACGCUCACGCGCCUGGUACGCGCGCUGCGGGGACCCCCAGCUCAGGCCGGGCCACACCGCCUGGCUCUGGACCCAGCAGCUUUAGCCAGCUUCCCGCAGGGCUCAGUCAACCUAUCGGACCCUGCUGCCCUGAAACUCCUGCUCAGCGGGGAGGAGCCGCUGCUGGUGCUGCUCCCCGAAGCUGCCACCACUACCGGGGAUCCUGAGCCGCUUCAGGGCCCCACCUCGGCGCCCUGGACCUCGGGCCUGGCACGCCGAGUGGCUGUGGAGCUACAGGCGGCGGCCGCUGAGCUGCGGGGCCUCCCGGGGCUGCCUCGGGCUGCACCGCCGCUGCUGGCGCGCUUGCUCACGCUGCGCCCGGAGGACCCCGGCCGAUCCCGGGACCCGCUGCGAGCGCUGCUGCUGCUGAAGGCGCUGCAGGGUCUGCGCGCCGAGUGGCGCAGGCGGGAUCCCCGCGGGGCGGGGCGGGCGCAGCGCAGCGCCACCGCAACCACGGUCACCGAGGGGCCCUGCUCGCUGCGGGAGCUGAGCGUGGACCUGCGCGCCGAGCGCUCCGUGCUCAUCCCGGAAACCUAUCAGGCCAACAACUGUCAGGGUACGUGCGGCUGGCCGCAGUCCGACCGAAAUCCGCACUACGGGAACCACGUGGUGCUGCUGCUGAAGAUGCAGGCCCGCGGGGCCCCCUUGGCACGGCCGCCGUGCUGUGUGCCCACGGCCUACGCGGGAAAGCUCCUCAUCAGCCUAUCCGAGGAGCGCAUCAGCGCGCGCCACGUGCCCAACAUGGUGGCCACCGAGUGUGGCUGCCGGUGA